AUGAACGCUUACAACCCCCGAAGGGUGUCAUACCUGAGACCUCCCGCUACGGGAGGUCAGAUGCCCCGUCCAUGGGUAUCGCCAUAUCCUUCUCUCAGCUCAAUCGGAUACCCGCCGUCAGAAAGGUCGGCCGACGAGCGAUUCGCGUCCGCUGUCUGGCACCGCACAUUCAACCACAUAGAUUACGCCGCGUACAAGGCAGCAUGCGAUGCGGAGAGGGAAGCAAAACCUGAACGAGAUCCGGACGUCUUUUCGGUCACCUCAACAUCCUGUCGAAGUGGGUUCUCGCGUGUAGGCGCCAUGCUCAGCAUUUACCCUUACCGCGACAUGGGGUGGCUUGCCACCAUGGUUUUCAUCGGGGGUGGCAUCUGCUUCUGCCUCAACGGCAUAUUCUCUCUGCUCCCUCUACUCAGCCCUCAACUUGAUUUCCCCGGGCAGGACGCCGGAAUCCAGACUACUCUGACGUUAGGCGGCACACUAUUCGCUCUCAGUGGACUCAUGGGUCUGCUUGCCGCCUUCAAUGUCGACCGUGGUAACUUGGACCCCAAGAAAGACGCACCCGACGCCUAUAAGCCAGCGCUCCUCGGCAGCGAUGAAUGGGUCUGGUGGCCCAGCUGGUACGAGUUGCGCAAUAUAUUUCUACCCAGCCUGGCCUUCCGUGCCGGCAUACUACAGUUUCUCGCCGGGUCUUCUUUUACCAUCUCGGCAGUCGCCGGUAUUCCCGGUGUUCUCGAUCUCACCCAUCCUAAUGCUUCAAUUAUUUUUGUUUCUUCUCCUCAACUGAUUGGUGGCGGCCUUUUUGUGCUCGCUGGCUUGUUGAUGAUCUAUCUGUCUCAAGACAAGUGGUACAUGCCGAAGUUUCUCGACGCUAGCUGGCAGAAUGGAUUCUGGAAUUUGGUUGGCGCUGGUACCUUUUUGGCUGUUGGAGUUGUGACUCUAUUGGAAAAGACAGCAGCUUUGGCGAUUGCAUCAUUGUUUCUGACUGGAGGCUUGGGCUUUCUUUUGGCCGCCUUGAUCCAGUGGUACAUUAUUAUGGAGUUUUAUCCGGCUGAUCCUUAUGUCGAAGAUCCCGCCGCUGCUGCGGAGAUCCCCUCGCAGUCGAUUUACUAA